AUGAAGCUGUACCCCUCCAUCAACCCCGACCUCGCCGACUGGGCCGCCCGCCAGCCUGUCUUCUUCACGGCCUCGGCCCCAACCCACCACCCCCACAUCAACGUCUCCCCCAAGGGCCUCUCCGCCCACUUCGCCGUCCUCUCGCCCAACCUCGUCGCCUACAUUGACCGCACCGGCUCCGGGUGCGAGACGAUCGCCCACAGCUACGAGAAUGGCCGGUUGACGCUCAUGUUCAUGUCGUUUGGGCCCGCUCCGCGUAUCCUGCGUCUGUUUUGCAAGAGUAGGAUCGUCGAGUGGGAUCAUCCGGACUUUGACAAGUGGAUGAAGCGUGUUAUCCCGCAGGAUGAGGCCGGCGGUGUCAAUAAUAGAGAUUCAUAUGAUGGGGCUAGGGCUGUUGUUAUUGGCGAGGUGUGGGAGGUGCAGACGAGCUGCGGGUAUGGUGUGCCCAUGGUGAGGAAGGAGCUUUAUGCGCCUGCCACGGCGUCGGAGGAUGGGACGCUUGAGAAGGCGACACAGCAGCAGCGCGACAUAAUCGAUACCACCGGAAAGGAGACGACGACGACGACGACGACGACAAAGAGAGACGAACUCUCCGUCUUUGAAGAGCGUCCCACCCUCGACUACUACUGGAAGAAACGCGUCGACAACAACACCGUCAACACCUACCAGGUCGAGACGAACCGCACCUCCAUCGACGGGUUACCCGGCUUGAAGGCAGCGAGGCGGGAUGCCGGGGAGACGCUCUGGAUCGCGGAUGCGAGGGCGGAGGUGUUGCGUGCGGCGAGGGAGACGAGGGACGACAGGAAGUAG